GGAGGGGAUUUCAACCCCCGGUUCAAGAAGAAGGGGUUUUCGACCCCACCUGUGGUGCAGCGGCAAAACAUGGCAACUGCGGAGGUCUUUGAGUUUGAAUCACAUCCAGGGCGAACCCUAAGUCUCCUCCUUUUCACAGAUGUCACUAAUAGCAGGGAGUUGAAUACACUCUUGCGUGCAGGGAAGUUGGAUCCUGAGCUGGCACUUCUUAAUGCAGCGCUGGUACCUGGGACUCUCCCUGUCCUGCUUGCUGCCCAGAAAGCAUUGACGUUGCAAAGCCGCAAAGGGCUUAUCACGAAGACCUUGCACUCAGAAUUGGUGUAUUCCUACUCGGGAUCGAAGCAUAUUACUGAGUCAUUGAAGCGGUGCGGCAUCAAUGAUGAGAUGACGUACAUCCUUGUUGCACGAUUCGAUGCAACUCAAGCAGAGCUUAAUGCAGCUCGGCAGCUGAUCAAGGGUACACAAGUCAACUUGUUGAAUCUCGCAUUGAAGUAUAGUAAAGAGCUCAUCACCAAGUUCUACAAGGUGACACCUGCAGAGCUCCAUGUGUCCACUCUCGAGGAGGCCAUUAUCUGCAGGAUUGGGGCCAGAGAUGCUCUCUGAUAACUAGCCAAGUGUUCAGACUCUGAGGGCGAGGAAAUGACGCUGCGUGGUCUUCUUCAAUGGAAGUCCAUUAAAGCUGAGACGUGAGUAUUGCCCCAAGAAAGGAAGAUCCAGACUCCGUAUCUGUUGGCCAGCCAUCUCAGCGGUGAAGGCAUUUGUCUAAGCGGAAUGCCAUGCCAGCGUCAAUGGCAAUCUUGUUCCUGAGACGCAGAGGAAAGGGCAACGUUGUUGAUGAAACAAACGAUUGCAGCGGAGAAUCGACUUUGAGGCUAAGUUUCAGCGUUAUCGUUCUACUAUAGUUUCUACCACGCUUGGCGAAAAUUUUUUAGAUCGUUUUCCAAAGACGACAGGGAUGAAGAGCCGUCAUCGGUCGCAGCAUACCUGGCAUCGCGGUGGCUUUGGCACCGACCAAGGAAGGCGCAGAGAGGCGUGGAUCAGGUUCAACUAAAGAUAAAGAAGCUACGGAUGGUACCAAGCUCUGCGCGGAGUCUGUGGUGCUGACACGAAUUAUUUUAUUUAUCCAACCGGGUGGUCGGAGACACCCAAAUUGACAAACUCAAGAUCAGACCCUCGAUCAACUCCCAACCCGUCGUGUACGAGACGCAGUUGAACGGAAGUGCCGCCACCGCUUGAGCGCGUGGACGAAGGCGAGGAGCUCCUUCUUGCGUGCAUCGUCAAUGGAAUGCACGACAGGCACUUUCUUGCUCACUUAGCUCAAGCGGUGGCGGCACUUCCUCCUUGGUCGACAGACCCUCUUCGGAAGGACCCUUGAGGUGCCGAAGCUACGGAAGGUAGCAAGCUCUGCAGUGUAUCCACCCCCUCUCGAGAAAGGGGGUCAGCGGGAAGGACCCUCGGUCAGCUUCCAAUCCAUGUCUAGGAGACGCAGUUGAAUGGGUGCAUGAGCGUGAGGUGCGGAAGAUACGAAUGCUAGCAAGAUGUGCGGCGUAUGUGGCCCGACUAUGGGCAGGGUUUUGAACAGGCUAUGUGAAAGGGUGUGGAGCUGAUGCCGGGCUAAGUGGAGUUGGUGCAAUGGCGCCAAGACGGAACUACAUGUAGUAUCAAGAAGGGAAGGCACAGAGGGGUAUAUGGUACAAGGGAAGGGAAGUCCUGGAGAAGGCCCAACCUAAAGAACGUGUGAAGGGCGUUAAGGAACGCAGUACAUGAGGGGAAUGAUGAUUAUGACCAGGGCUCAGAUAGGCAGGCUACGUGAAGGUGUGCAGAUGAUACCCCGGUGAAGUGCCGUUGGUGUAGAGAGGGGCCAGGUGUAGUGAAGGCUGUCGAUGGCCAAUCGGGAAAGGGGCGACGAUCACAUGGCCUGAAAGUGCAAGACAGGGUUUGGGCGCUGUAUACCUUUUAGCGGGUGGAGCAUUUCUCUCUAUCGGCCAUCCCUGAGGGCAUACUUGCACUGGGACUUUUUUUAUUGACUUUUGAACGUUAUCGGCCCUGAUUGCAGUCAGAUACGUCCACGGAAGUCCUGGUGUCGGUUUGCUCUUGGUAGGAAUUCAUUGGGCGCGCUUUCGAGUUUUGUGCUCGUCUCCAGCUGCUGCCCUCCAUUGAGAAUCUACGAAGCAGUUCACCCAACCCAGCAGAAGUGGAUCGUCUCGGCAGUUCAGCAGCAGCUGGGUGCUGUGCGGAGUUGAAUUGAGAAAGCUGAAGUGGAUUGUCUCGGCGUA